AUGGCGGAUGCUUACCGGAAGGACACCAACGGUGGGCAGCAGGCAGUGGCAUCGCCGGAUCUUACCCCUCUCAUCGUGGAAAGUCCUUUCAGCGAAUGUGAAGUUCCAAGUAGUCCUGAAUAUCCUGGCUAUUAUGAUGGUGAUGAUGAAAGGGGAAUGAUGAGAAGCACAGCUUCUAUUGAAGCAUCCUAUGAGCACUACCUUCGUACUGGGCAAAUUUUGUCCCAUGAGUCCAUUCAUAGUGGAAUUAUGGGCAUUGAGGAUGUUGGAAUGGUAGGUGGCAGACCAGAAGCUACCCUUCCUCCAAAUGCUAGCAGUACAUUGUAUGUAGAGGGUUUGCCUGCGGACUGUACAAGAAGAGAGGUGGCACAUAUAUUCCGCCAUUUUGGAGGUUACAAAGAAGUUAGGCUAGUACCAAAACCAUCAAUACAUGCUGGAGCCAAUACAUUGAUUCUUUGCUUUGUUGAUUUUGUGAGUCCGCUUCAUGCAGCUGCUGCAAUGGAUACCUUACAAGGUUAUCAAUUCGACCUUGAUGAGCAUGAUUCAGGCAACUUAAUGCUGGAAUUUGCUCGCAAUCCUGGUGCGAGGUCAGGUGGAGGGAAUCGUGGAAAAUGUUGA